CGUCUCUAUCUGUCUCUUGUGUGCAAGUGUGUCUGUUAAAUAAGAAAACUAAAAUGAAAAGCCCCUCCUCGAAUCGUGGUCUUCGUGGAAGCUAGUGCAGGAGUGACCUUCACGAUCUCGCCACCUCUCUCUUUUUUUUUUUUUUUGUUUCAUGAUACAUAAUCUCGGAUUACCACAUGACCGUUUCCUCAAGUGUUUGUUUGAACUUUCCUCAACAAACCCAUCUCUCUCUUUCUUGCUAUCCUCUCUCUCUCUUUUCUUGGUAUCUUUUCUUGUUUGAAGGGUUAUCCUAUUCCUUUGAACUGUUGAUGGGGUGUUGAUGUCUUUGGCGGUUGGUGAGGAUUCAAGUUCCAAAAGCAUGGGGUUUGACAAGGAAGGGAGAGAUGAUAGUGAAGCUUCUGAGACAAAAACAGAACCAAAGACGCCUCCAAACGAAGGUGACGUUGUAGAACAUCACCCUGCAAUCGCUAGGAAAGCAAGCGAGAGUUCUCUUUGUCCAACUGAGGAUGAAGAUGAUGACGAAGAGAGGAAGAUUGAGUUGGGCCCUCAGUUCACCCUUAAAGAACAACUCGAAAAGGAUAAGGAUGAUGAGAGCUUGAGGAGGUGGAAGGAACAACUUCUUGGGACUGUGGAUUUCGAGUCCGUUGGAGAAACUCUGGAACCAGAUGUUAAGAUCCUGAGCCUUGCAAUCAAAUCACCUGGUAGGCCUGAUAUGGUACUCCCAAUUCCAGAGGAUGGAAAGCCCAAAGGUUUAUGGUUUACCUUAAAAGAAGGUAGCAAAUACAGCCUGCAAUUUUCAUUCCAAGUAAGCAACAACAUUGUAUCCGGUCUCAAGUACACUAAUACGGUUUGGAAAACUGGUGUCAAGGUGGAUAGCACUAAAGAGAUGCUUGGAACCUUCAGUCCCCAAGCAGAACCAUACACUCAUGAAAUGCCUGAAGAAACAACUCCAUCUGGAAUGUUCGCUAGAGGAAGUUACUCAGCUAGAAGUAAGUUUGCUGAUGAUGACAACAAGAGCUACUUGGAGAUAAACUACACCUUCGACAUCCGCAAAGAAUGGCAAUCAUAGACCACGAAAUCUCCAGUCUCUUUGCUUUGCUCCGACUCCAUUGUGUGCCCAAGUCUCCUUUAGAUGUGACCAUAAAUUCAUUUCCCUUUCUUCUUAUUUGCCAUCCAUCCUGGGUGAGACUGAUCAUCUACACAAUGAAAAGAAUUAAUCUUCUUCUUUGCAGUUAGACAUUCAUUCAGUAGGAAUCAAUUAAAUAAAAAAUUUUAAGCUUCGGCCCUGUUGAGCUUCAUA